AUGGGAUCUCUAUGUCGACGGUUCCGGGUGUUCCAAGGUUCCGACGCCGGUAUAAUCCUCACAGGGCCAGGGGGACUUAAUGCAGAAUACACUCUAAAGUUCAAUUUCAAGGCCUCCAACAAUAUGGCGGAAUACGAGGCACUUAUUGCAGGGUUGUUAUUAGCCAUUAAUUGUGGAGCAGAAAAUGUCAACAUCUUCAGUGAUUCACAGUUGGUGGUCAACCAAGUCAACGACACUUUUCAAGUCAAAGACAAACAACUGGCGGCAUACCUAGGGUACACCAAGACACUGCUCGGCAAGUUCAGCUUCUUCAACAUCACGCAAAUACCCCGCGAAAAGAAUGCUAAAGCCGAUUCCUUGGCACACCUGGAAACAGCCCAACCACAUCAAAGUCCCUCCGACACUAGGGUGGAAACCCUUGAAAAACCCAGCAUCACAAAAAUUCUGGCAAAAAUCUACACCGUCGAGGUAAGCCCAAAUUGGAUGAACGAGAUAUUGAAUUACAAGCGUGAUGGUACAUUGCCAUCCGACAAGGUCGAAGCACGACGACUGGUAAGAAGGGCAACGUGGUACAACAUCCAAAGUGGCAAACUCUAUCGCCAAGGGUUCACACACCCCAACUUAAAAUGUUUAACGCCAGAAGAGGGAAAACAAGUCCUAGCAAAAAUACACGCUAGAGAGUGCGGUAAUCAUGCUGGAGCUAGAUCGUUAGCUAACCGUACCAUGCGCCAAGGUUAUUUCUGGCCAACAUUGGGCGAUGACGCAAAAGAAGCAUCCAGAUUCUGUCACAAAUGUCAGCAAUAUGCAUAUAUUCUGCAUGCGCCAGCAGAACCAUUGUCCGUCAUCAUCACGCCCUGGAUUCACUCCAUGUGGGGGCUGGACAUCUUCGGAAAACUCCCAACCGCCAAAGGUCAAUUCAAAUACAUAAUUGUAGCCAUCGAUUACGACAGUAAAUGGAUCGAGGCUGAACCAUUAAUGGCCAUCACAACCGCUAAAGUCCAGCACUUCUUGUGGAAGAAUAUUUACUGUCGUUAUGGAGUGCCCAACACAAUCAUUACCGACAACGGAACGCAAUUCAACAAUGAGGAACUCAUCAACUUCACCGCCAAACUAGGCACCAAGAUGCGUUUCGCUUCAGUGGCACACCCCCAGACCAAUGGCCAGGUGCAAUCCGCCAACAAAAUCAUAAAAAAGCUGCUAAAAAAGAAAUUGGAAGACAAGAAAGGCCUAUGGGCUGAGAAGCUCCCGGAAGUGCUUUAG